UUUCCCUUUUUUUUUUUUUGUUUUCCCCUAUAUAUUCAUAUAGGAUGGAAAUAGGUCCUACAAGUAAUAACUUGACAACGUGUUCAUCACAAGCAUGUAUCGAGAUAGCAAAAAGUAUUCUAGAUGAUAUAGAUUUCAAUAUAGAUCCUUGUUCAGAUUUUUAUCAAUAUACUUGUGGUAAUUGGUUGAAAAGAGCUACUAUUGCUGAAGAUAGAGCAUCCAACGGCACUUUUGAGGAAACAAACGAUAUUAUUAUCGAUGCUAUGCAUACAAUUUUAGAAGGGAAUUAUGAAGAGAUUUAUCAGUCUUUAUCUACUAUAGAUACUGAAUUUCAUACGCAGGAACAAGAAGCAGUAGAUAAAGAAAACUUUGGAAUGAUGAAAACUUAUUAUGAUACGUGUAUGAACCUUACUUACAUUAAUUCAUUGGGACCUACACCUAUUUAUGAAGAUAUUGCCGUAUUUCAGAAUAAAAUCUUUCCUAUAAACACAAAUUCAAAUAGCAAUGACGACAGUAAUAAUAAUAAUGAAUCUCUCUAUUUUUCAAAGGACAAUAUUCAGGUCAUCAGUCAAACUAUGUCACUGUUUAAUCAAUACGGUAUCUCUACUCUGUUCUCAUUAUUUGUUGAUCAAGAUGAUAAAAACCAAAAUAUAAAUGUUAUUUUAUUGGAUCAAGCUUCACUUGUAUUGCCAUCUAAAGAAUAUUAUGAGGAUCCUAAAGUUUUAGAAAAAUAUAAAAAUGGUUUGAAUGAUAUUCUUUAUAAAGUGUUGGGUCAUUUUUCAAAUAGUAUAGAAGAUAGUAUCUUUCGUAUUAAAGCAAGCGAAAAGUAUGGAUUUCAUUUUUGGUCACAGGAAAAGAUCUCAGCUACUGUAGAUGAGUUUAUUGCUUUUGAAGCCCAAUUGGCUAAUAUGUCCCUUAAAAAUGAAGACUUACAGGAUCCUAUAAAACUCUAUAAUCCUAUUCAACUCUCAGAAUUUCAGAACAAGUAUCCAUUCAUGGAUUGGGCUUCAAUUAUUAAUUCUUUGAUACCAUCAGAUAGUAUUUAUACACCAGAUACGGUUAUUAUCAGAACCCCUCUAUAUUAUGAAAGACUUAAUUUAUUACUAUCGAGUAACAGAGUCAAAUUACAGACAUUACAAGACUAUUUUAUCAUCAUUUAUGUGCUCAACAAAGUAUAUACCUUGGAUGAAUCCUCUCGUGCUGCCUAUCGGAAAAUGAAUGGUGAGAUAUCCAUGGGCACAUCAGUGGAGCAGCCUCGAUGGAGAACAUGCGUCAGUUACACUAGCAGUGCUUUAUCCAAUUCCAUGGGUCGCUAUUAUGCUUUACAGAAAUUUGGUGGGGAAGAGGAAAGAAAGAAAGCUGAGGCACUGUUGACGACUGUACAUGAGGCAUGGUUAAAUCGUCUUCCAAACAUUGAAUGGUUAGACGAACAAACUAGACUUAAAGCGAUAGAAAAGCUGAAUUUAAUUAAGCAUAAAGUUGGGUAUAGUAUUAUAUCACCUGAUCUGAGAGAGCCGAAUUCAAUCAAGAGCUAUUAUGAGGAUCUUUAUGUCAACAAAACUAGUUUCUAUGAUACUGAAAACAAUAUUGCCAUAUGGUACGUGAAAAAGAUGUGGAAGAAAGUAGGACAAGAGGUGGAUAGAGAUGAAUGGUUCAUGUCACCUCAAACAGUGAAUGCAUAUUAUUCACCCAACAUGAAUCAAAUUGUUAUCCCUGCUGGUAUCUUGCAGCCUUCCUUCUAUAAUUCAUUUUAUCCAGAUUAUUUAAAUUACGGUAGUAUUGGUAUGAUAAUUGGUCAUGAAUUAACCCAUGCAUUUGACAGUUCUGGUAGAAAGUUUGACGGGAAUGGAAAUUUAAAUAAUUGGUGGACAAAUCUAACUUCAACAAAAUUUGAAGAAAAGACGCAAUGCUUUAUUGAUCAGUAUUCUAAAUUUAAUACAACAGGUCCUGAUAAUAAUUCGAUUCAUAUUAAUGGAAAAUUAACUCUCGGAGAAAAUUUGGCAGAUAAUGGAGGAAUCUCCGCAUCUUUAGUAGCAUACCAGAAACUAGUAUCGAACAAGAUACAACAACAGCAACUGUUGCCUGGUUUAGAAAAAUUAGCCCCUGAAGCUUUAUUUUUUAUUAAUUUUGGUCGUACUUGGUGUAAGAAACAAAGACCCGAAAUAGCUUAUCGAAUGGUUUUUACUGACGUGCAUUCACCAGCAACUGCUCGUGUUAAUGGUGUGGUUCAAAAUAAUGCUGAAUUCGCAAAAAUCUUUCAUUGUCCAGCUGAUAGUCCCAUGAAUCCUGUUAAUAAAUGUGAAAUAUGGUAGAGUGGAUUAUAGCUGCGUAUAAUAAAUAAAGCAACGAUUUUUUUUUAAUUUUACUUUUACUUUAUUUUACCUUUUUUUUUUUUCCUUUUUAAAUUU